AUGACACCGACGGUUGGUGACAGUUGGCAGCAGUUGGUUGUGGUGCUGUUGGUAGUGGCUGGUUGUUGUGUUGGUGCACCUGCCGAUGGUUUGUCGGUGCUCGCUGACAACUCGCUGUGUCCAGAGCCGCGUUGCGUCACUUUCGAGGAAAUCAACACCCUGUGGACGAUACCGGAUCCGAACUUUUUCCAACAGUGUCGUCCAGAUGUGACUGGUGGCUGGUCGUUGCAGUUGAUGCCCUGUGCACCUGCAACGCUGUUCAGCUUUAGACGUCAGGUAUGCGUGCAUAUUGAGCACUGGGAAGGGUGCGGCGAGUCAACACUUCCAACUACACCCGGAGAAACAGAGCCUACACCCGGAGAAACAGAGCCUACACCCGGAGAAACAGAACCUACACCCGGAGAAACAGAUCCUACACCCGGAGAAACAGACCCACCAACUACGGAUUCUUCGGAUGUACCACCUGAUGGUGCUGAUCCAUGUGGUGAACCUCUGUGCGAUACCUAUGAACACAUCAACACCCUUUGGACGCAUCCAUCGUCCAACUACUUCUACCAGUGUCGCCCGAUCAAUGGAGCCUGGGCACCGAUUGAGAUGCCGUGCGCACCGGCAACAUUGUUUAGCUUCCGUCAGCAGGUAUGCGUACUGCCGGAAUACUGGAACCCACCGAACUGUGCUGUGUAG